CGUAAUGCAUACACACACACACGCACGUACACAUGCACACACACAAACAGACAAACACUCAGACACACCCACAUGGCACGCAUAUAUAUGCCAUAGAAACUGCACAGCACUCUCCUCCAGGAUCAUAUAAAGACGUGGUGUAUCCUGCAAGAGCGACAGUGCGUUAGCUCUCUCGCACACACACACACACACACACACAUACACACUGAGCUAGACUGAACCUCUGGACAGUAGUGCACUCAGACUACAAGGAAAAGCAGAGUUGGAAAGAGGACCCGAGAGGAGAGGAGAGAGGAGAGGAGAGGGAGAGCCACUGCUCUGAGAGACAGAGGGAGAGAGAGAGAAAACAAAAGAGAAGACUGGAGCAUGUGUUUCUCGACCAAGAACAUCUCCCCUUGGGAUCCCAACAUCUGCAUAAAGCAGGAGAAACAGCUGAACCGAACCACAUGCAGCUAAAGGACCUUUCCCCAAGCUCCUCAGUUAGCAGCAUUAUCAGAUGAAGCAUAUUAUUUUUUCCCACACGGGGAGGAUAAAAGACACUACUGUAGCACUUUUCUUGUAGAAUUAUUGUAAGAGCUAUAGCACUUUGGAGGCAGAAACAGAUGGGUUCUGCAUAGCUGGUGGGUGGCACAAGGACGACACCUACUGCCAGUGCCAGUCUAUGGUGGCACCAGAGUGGGCAGAGCAGACAUGCAGCCCCUUGACAGGACCCACCCGGAGAGCCUGGGUGAGUGACUACCGCAGGGGGCUGAUUGACAGGCAGAAGUGUUUAGUUACUCGUCUUUUAAAUUGAUUUCACAAUUUCCUGUACGUAGAUUUGACUUGGCAUCCAACGAAUUCUGGGGGUUGACUUAGAUUACUCAGACAUUUGGCGAAAAUCUUGCACUGGUCAUGUCAUUGAAAUGUGUAAUUCAAUUUCUCUCCUUUUAAAUCUCUCCUCUCCUCCCUCCCGAGUCUAUGCAGCCCUGCCCAGUCUACUGCUGGUACUGCUCGGUCUGCUAGAGGCGGCUAGCGGUUGUCCCACCUUGUGCAUCUGCAAAAGCAAUGGCACAGACUGUACAGGCCUAGCUCUGCUCUCCCUAACCACCGUCCUGCCCCUGCUGCCCCAGGACACCCGCACCCUCCGCCUGCCCCACAACAACCUCUCCUCCCUAGGCGACAGGGACCUGUCCAACCUCAGCGCUCUGGAGCUCCUGGACCUCUCCGACAACCACCUCUUCAGCCUGCAGCCAGGGGCAUUAUCUGGACUCAGUAGCCUCCAGUGGCUCAACCUCUCUGGUAACAAUCUGGGUGACUGCCCCCUUCCUACCUCUCUUGACCCCAGUAACCAGACGGAGGUGACACAGAGUAACAGGAGUUGCUGGGGGCUGAGCCGAGAGCUGUUCCAGGGUCUGUGGACACUGAAAGGGCUGGACUUGUCGCUGAACGGCCUGGUUGUUCUGCCCAUGGGCCUGCUGGACGAGCUCCAGGGCCUGGCCUGGCUGUCUCUGGCUGGAAACAAGCUGCAGAGCUUGGACAGAGCCACCUUCCAGCCCCUGGGCAGCCUGUUGAGCCUCCAACUGGCAGGGAACCCAUGGGAGUGUGACUGCAACCUGAGGGACUUCAAGCACUGGAUGGAGUGGAUGCUGUACAGACAUGGGCAGGUGGAUGCUGUGAAGUGCAACCUCCCCAAAGAGCUGAGGGGGCAGGACAUCCGCAGCAUCCCCAUAGAGAUGUUCAACUACUGCCUGCAGCUGGACAACCAGGACAGUGUCCCUGGCUACAACGGGCCCAGAGGAGGAAGCCCACCCUGCGUCGGUCGGAUUAACGGACCCAUGAACGGGCCCCAGGUUAACCAAGAAGAAUGUGUGCGCCAGCGCUACCGGCCCGUUAGCGUGCGCAGGGCCUGGGGGACUCAGAUCGUGGCGGCGUGUGUGUGCGGCGUGGUGUGCGUGUUGAUGGUGGUGGCGGCCACCUACGGCUGUAUCUACGCCUCUCUCAUGGCCAAGUACCAGAGGGAGCUGAAGAACAGAGGGCAGCCGCUGAUGGCGGGGGAGGGAGGGGGGGAGACAGAUGCUGAGGACGGAGCCUGUAUGUCCUCCCCAACGUCACCAGAUGAGCCAGAGCUAAAGGAGUCCAGCCCGAUAGUCCACGGAUACAGAAUAACGGGCUUUUGACCAUUGUUUUUCUGACUGGCUGAAACUCCUGUUACAAGCAUUCAGUGGACUGAACUGCAUGUCGUACUCCUCUGUUAGGGCAUUCUAGGUGAGGGAAUGUACGGAGCUGAGAAAGAAUAUCCCUGCUGCACAUUGCUGGUGGUGGAGUCAUACAGACAUGAUCAUACAGGUGAUCGUAUAGAGUAAAAACUGGAAUCCUGCUUUGCUUCAAGACGUGUGGAUGCUCUGUGGUUUGUUCUGCCCUGUGACUCUUUAGUCAGCUCUCCAACUGUGUGUUCAUGAUUUUGGCACCUCUGCACCUUGGUUAAAGAGACGUUCCUCGAAAUUGUCUUUGGAAUUGUUAUUAUUCUUUGAUCCCACCGUUGUCAAAGUUAUUUGUGUUUGAAGCAAAACAUGUCAACAGAUCAUAGAUUAAGUCAACAUGUUGAAUAUCCCUGUCCAAUAUCCCUGUGUUGUAACUGCUCCGAAUGUUUCGCUACAAUAAGCCCAGGUAAACAAUCCCAGUAGUGGUUGUCGCUCAAUUAGUUGGAUGAGAGAAAACCAAAAAAUAGUUGAAAUGAAUGUACUGAGAAAUUAAUGUUAAAGCAGUCUUUCUUGUGUAUUAGAUCUGUGCUCAUGUGUAGUUGCUUAAUUUAAUAUUCCAAAUCAUAUCUAUGCAGAGGUAGCCUGCUUUCAAUGUUCCAAAGCCAUACAAUACAACAGCACGCUACUGACCUCUAGAGGAUGUUAUGAUAACAGCAGCUGAAGAGAAUCAGUUCCAUGGAUAGCAGCCAUAUUCAUUACAAAAGGAAUCUAGUUGCCAGCUAUUUCCAUUCAACCAUUUAGAACUGUCAAAGAGAUCAUCAACACUGCCCUAAAACAGGUGUGUAUAUAUAUACAACUAUCUCCUUAUUUAGUUAACCCUUAUUUUUGUCUCUAUGUUAAAGCUGAAAUCUGCGUAAGGUAAAACCCAGGUGUUAUUGUUUUUGUUUUGUUCAGGAAAUGGAGUAGAGGAGCAUCCAGCAUCAUGGUAAAAUAAAAUGGUAAUACGUACUCUACUGUUCUAUCGCAUGUGCAAUGAUGUCUGAGGGGGGGGAAAAACUGUGUGGUUGUUUGAAGUAACGUUUUUGUUUUGGAAGUAGCAGUUUCACCGCUACGGAUUCCAGCUUUAAGGGCCACAGCUUUAAGGGCCACAGCUUUAAGGGCCACACACACCCUAUGCAAACAGAGCAACGGCGCGUCGUAUACAGUCCCUUCCAAAAUUUGAGCCACACAAAAGAACAUAGAACUACGUAGAAAACAACGCUCCAUCGCUGCGUUUGCAUAGUUUACGUAAAGUGUGUAGGGGCCUUUAAGCACAUUCAGUAUCUGCUCUUCAGGUUUGCUCCAGAAGACGAAGUGAGAAAUGUGAUAUUCUGUUCAUCACGCCGAUGAAAAUAAAGCAUUUAUUUAUCUAUGCUGCCCGUCACAAUUUAUUCCUGGCUGAAUUUUUCAUUCUAGCUAUAUUUAUGAGACAGGACUUGAAAAAAAGCCUUUGAAGAUGUGAAAAACAUCACAGUUGUCACAGGAACACACACUCAACAGUAACCAUGGUC